AACCUUCCCUUGGGGAAUGUGCGUGCCGGUCCCUGUCGUCUCGCAACCUUGGAAUACCUCCACCUCAACGCGAAUACUGACUCGCCCCAGCCAGCACCGCAACCUGCAAUGUCGUCCCUCACUGUGAUUCCCGUCUCCAACGAGACGAAGAACACUUCCCACCGCAACACCAAAGAUGGCCGCCGCAUUCGCUAUGAGAUGCAGGUGAUCCAGCAGCCUGAGCGCGCCCGAGCCUGUGGCAGCGGCGCCAAGUCGAGUGCCGACCGUCGCCCCGUGGAUCCCCCGCCGAUCGUCGAGCUGCGCAUCUUUGAGAACGACCAGGAUGUCACCUUUGCCUACAACGCCAACUUCUUCCUGCACGCCAGUCUCGAGAAUGCUCGCCCUCUCGCUGCAGGCCGCACUGCGCCUUCCAUCUCAGGCACUCCAGUCCUCACCGGCACUCCAGUCGCCGGCAUGGCCUACCUUGACCGCCCGACGCCUGCUGGGUACUUCAUCUUCCCUGAUCUCUCCGUUCGUCACGAGGGCAAGUACCGUCUCAGCUUUGCCCUGCUUGAGAACCUCAGCGAAGUCAAGGACCUCGAUCCAGAUGACCCCAAUGUCAUUCAUGACGGCAACCGCUUUGUCACCAACCGAUGCGAGGUCAAGUCGGCGCCCUUUACCGUCUUUUCUGCCAAGAAGUUCCCCGGUCUGUCAGAGAGCACUGCCCUCAGCCGCAUGGUCGCCGAGCAGGGCUGCCGUGUGCGCAUCAGACGCGACGUCAGGAUGAGGCGCCGUGAGAACAAGAGCUCCAAGGAAUGGGAUGGCUAUGACGAAGACAACGAGUACGGAGGGCAAGCACGACGCACUCCCACGCCAGAGACCUAUGGUGGGCAGCCCGGCAUGCCAGCGCCUGGCGCGCCCAUGGAUGAGCGCCCUCGUUCCGUGUCCAACGCCAGCAACUCUUCGCUCGCUCCACCCCGCCGUCCAAGCAUGGACGAGAUAGCACAGGGCUACCAGCAGCCAAGCACCAACUACCAGCAGAUGCCUCCACCACAGAGUACUGGUUACUCUCACAUGCCGAGCCAGUCCCAAUACCAGCCUCAGUACCAGCAGCAGCAGCAAUACGCGCCUCCGCCAGGUGGCCACAUGAUGCAGCCCCCUCAACCCUCGUAUUCCCAGCCGCCGCCACCGCAACAGCCUCAGCAUCAGCCCCAGCCUGCGUACAACAGCUACGCGUCUCACAACCCUAUGCCCAUGAACCAGUCUUACGGCUAUCCCGGUCACCAACAGCCCCAACAGUCUCACUACGAGCCCCGUCAAGAACCACCUGCUGCACACCAUCAACCGGUUGAUUACCGCAGACCGUCUAUUCUCCAGCCACCGCAGCAAUACGCGCCUUCAAGCCAGCCGCAAAUGAUGUCUCCUUACAGUCCAGUCGAUCCGUACCAGCAACGAUCGCAGUCCAUGAGCCAGCCGACACAACCUAUGCAGACCCCUACCCGUGCAGCUUCGAUCUCGGGCCCAGGCAGCAUCCACGUACAACCCAUCCAUCCUUUGCCGACACUGAAGACACUUCAACCACCGAUCAUUGCGGACAAGCUGGAACCUGUCUCGCCUUCGUACACUUCGCCUAUGAACUCCAUGUCUUCCGGUACAAUGUCUGCCAACUCCGAUGCUCCUCACUCGAACUAUGCUCUGCACAAUUACCCUGCUUCGAGCCUGCCUCCAAUGGCAAGCACUACGGGCCAGAAACGAUCAUUCUCAAACACAUUCGACCAGAGUCAUGUCACCGGACGCUUGACACAGGGUGCACGACCUGUGUUGUCCGGGCCCGGCUACACUUACGACGAACCCGAUAUGGAAGAGCCCAUGGACCGAGCUGCUAUGAGCUACCGGCGCGCAGACGGCACGCAGCGUCAACGCCGUGUCCCGGAGGUGAACGUCUAGGUCUGAUCAACUCUUGCCUUGGCCCAUCGUGCCUUUCUUCGAUCUAUUACUCUGCGACUGAACCUUGGAGUACCGGUGUCUGGCGCAACCCGACUUUUAGCUUUCGCAAUAUCGAUAUACCCGAGAAUAACCUCUGUGCAAUCUCGCGACAUCUCCUUGUCUGUAUUUUGUUGUUACUUUUCCUUGGAUGAUUAUU